UGCACUACGCAUACACGUUGACAUGGCUGCUCUCGCAGGAUCUGGCGAAAUUAUUCCAAAUUUCUUGGCCGGUGGAAUUGCAGGAUGCUGCGGAAAAGUAACAACAGCCCCAUUAGACAGAGUAAAAAUUCUAUUACAGGCUCACCACAGAUACUACAAUCAUCUCGGUGUUUGGUCUUCGGUUGCUAAAGUCAUAGAGUAUGAAGGAGUACGGGGACUCUACCGAGGCAAUGGGGCCAUGAUGGUGCGCACCUUCCCUUAUGGUGCUAUACAGUUUGUUGCAUACGACUGGUUCAAAAAGAAAACGAAACGGAAAUUGUUGUCCGGUUCCCUAGCAGGUGUAACGGCCGUGCUAUUCACAUAUCCACUAGACAUCGUGAGAGCUAGACUAGCUUACCAAGUCCAAGGAGAGUGUUUGUACAGAGGAAUUCUGCACACUUGCCAAUCCAUAUGGCAUCAGGAGGGCCAGUUGAAAGCACUUUACCGCGGAGUUGGUCCAACACUACUCGGAAUGGUGCCUUAUGCUGGUGCAGCGUUCUAUUCUUAUGAAACGGGUAAAGCCUAUGUACUAGUCAAAGGACCGACCUACCUAUCAAAGCCAUCUCUUGCCGACCCCAAUGAAAGAAUAUUGACCGCACAGGCCAAUCUUGUCGUAGGUGGACUUGCUGGGGCGUUUGCCCAAACCAUUGUAUAUCCCUUGGAUGUUGGAAGGAGAGUUAUGCAACUUGGCACAAUGGUACCAAAUUCAAAUCCAACCAGUUCGUGCCUCGAGACCCUGAUCCUGGUUUACACAAAGCACGGUGCACAAGGACUCUUUCGGGGUGUCAGCAUCAACUACUUGAGAGCUAUACCCGCUGCCGCCAUCUCCUUUACCCUUUAUGAAAAUCUUAAGCAGUACCUCAGCAUCCAUUUAGACAACAGGUGAUGAACAGCAUAAUACCAGUUUGUAAAUUUAUUUGCAUUUUUACGUCCCAACCCUAUUCAUUACCAGUACAUACAUGUGUAAAUGCCAUGACCUUUAGGUCACAUGUGGAAAUACAUACUUGUCUCCAUUGCCUGAGAUGUUUUUGGUGUAAACAAUGUGUUCAAAGUCCCGGCUAGCAGGGGAUAUUAAGUGCUUCCAUUUUUAUUCAGCUUUGUUUCACUUUCCCUUUAAAGAAUCCUUGAUUCUUUUUAAUUGUUUUUAUUAUUAACAAUUAUGUAACAGUCUUUUGUGUACUGAAAGAAUUUGGCUUGAUUUUUUUUAUUUCAAGAUGAUAGCACCUCAGGCUCAUAUGAAAACUAUUUAAAAAAAAA